UCCCUGCUCGGGAGGAGCGACGGGAGCGCAACUAUCACUCCUGCAUCACUUUACCAUCACUCUCUUCAGUAUCUCUCCGGCCACUGUAACGCCUCUGUGUGACAGUUGCGCGCAGGGGGAUGCACUUGUGUGGAGUGUUCGCCAAAAACAUCAGCCCGGUGUCUCUUUGGGGGAUUUACGCACUUUUGAUGACUUUCUCCUCCGUGUGGUUUUGAGAUUUUACGCGGCAAGAUCAUGGCACAUUGGAGCACAUCGCUAUUGCGCGAGCUCUGUUUUCUCACCCGGCUCCGGAGGGCUGGUUCUCUGGUGAAGCAGUAGCCAUCCUCGCCCCUGCUUCAGUGUGUUUGUGCGCGGGCUCCGGGAACUGGACAUGAGGCUCAAAAUGAUUGCCCCGUUUAGUGGAAAACAAAAUCAGUGGAGUUGAAGCAGAAAGUGGCAAAGCUCUCUACUGUCUCACCUGGAUCCUUUACAAUUCCCUGUGAUCAUGCCAUCAAGUUGAUAGAUUUGGGGGCUUCUUCUGUUUGAGGUGAGGAAGAGGAAGGAGAAGAAGAGGAGGAAGAGAGGGUGAGGGCUGAGGUGUGAGUGAAUGCAGCCAUGGCCUGUACACCCUGUCCAUAGAGAAGCUACUAAGCGGAAGACAGAUCAAAGAAGAUAGAGACGACCAACAGGAUGAAACUGUGGGGGAGGUCAGCUUGGCCUGUGCAGGUGGCCUUCCUCGUUGCCUUGGUGAUGCUCUACAUUGACCCGGUGUCCGCUGGCAGCCGUAACCAUCGGGGACCGACAGUCUCAUACCAGGUGAAGCAAGGGACAUGUGAGGUGGUGGCCAUCCAUCGCUGUUGUAAUAAGAAUAAGAUUGAGGAGCGCUCUCAAACCGUGAAGUGUUCCUGUUUCCCUGGGCAGGUCGCUGGCACCACAAGAGCCAGACCCUCCUGUGUGGAAGCCUCCAUCGUAGCCCAGAAGUGGUGGUGCCAGAUGCAUCCAUGUAUGGAUGGAGAGGAGUGUAAGGUCCUGCCUGACCUGACUGGCUGGUCCUGCAGCACUGGCAACAAAGUCAAAACCACCAAGGUCACACGAUAGCAAGAGAGCCACUGACCGACGAGGAAACCUGAAGCUCUCCAUGUGGAAAGGAUAGAUGACUCACACAUAUUUACCGCACAAUGGGGAAAAUAUCAAGGAAAGGACCACUGUCAGGCCAUCCAUCAUAAAACAAUGGGAUAAAAUGUACUCAUCACAAACUAUGUACACUUGGCUACAUGGAGCCACACAGCAUACACAGUAUGCUGGUUGUUGAGACCAAUGGACUUCAAUCAUGGACAACCAGGGUAAAUCUGGACACAAAUGGACUCUUGUUUUCCUAUAAUGGAAACAAUGUGGAUUGAUAAAAAAAGGUUGAUUUCAAAGAGUUAUUAAGCAUUUCAAAGUAUAUAUUUCAAUGAAGCAUUUGUGGAUGAGUGUAAGAUGUGAACUAAAAGCUGUGCUUUAGGUGCUGCUGGACACAGUCCAGACCUGUUGUCAAUAUGUAGAAGUUAUACUGAAGACAUUGGAGAUGAUUUGGGAGAAAUGAAAGAGAUAGCAGCUCAUAACUAGCAAAUAGCAAAUUAGCAUCCAAUUGCUCUUGUGGGUCAAGUCACUAUCAUGAAGACUGUUUUGCGGGAGUCAUUUUGCAGUUCUAAUUAGGAAUUGCAGCGUAGGAUCAUAACAACAUGUUAAAAAUUCAUGUAAGAUAUUUGCACUAGUUGAAACCAUUUGGAAAUGUUUUGUUUUUCUAGAUAUCUCCCAAUAUUUUGCUGUGGAUGUCACAUGAAAUUGAAGGUGAGCAUUUUGUAAAAUGUCUGACACUCAAAGUAGAUAUAUAUAUAUAUAUAUAUAUAUAUAUAUAUAUAUAUAUAUAUAUAUAUAUAUAUAUAUAUAUAUAUAUAUAUAUAUAUAUAUAUAUAUAUAUAUAUGCCCCAUAUAUAUGCCCCAUUAUUCCUGAAUAGUUAUUGGUUAAAAAUGGCUCUGACUAUUGAGCCUUACUUACAGCUUGGUACAACAUAACCUAGCAAAGUGUGAUUCAUCUGUCUCAUUUUUGCCCAGAAACAUUUCCAAGCUCAGCCUUCAAAGUUAUAUAUCUUUGAAAUAUUAUAUUCAGUCUGUGACAUCUCUUAUGUUAACUGUUAAAAGGAGGCCCAUAAAAUGUUCAAACAAUAAACAUGAGUUGUAUUUAUGUUGU